CAGCAGAUAGGACCCAGUCAGUGGCAUCACAAGGUUUACGCAACCUCAGUUGACUUUCUGGCUACUGAGGUUGACACGUUUGAACUUCCCAGAGACUUUCAGUGUCUCUAAUGAACCUCGGAAAGGAUCAGAAUGUCCUUAUUUUUGACUUCUGGGUUGCUGUUUGCCUACUUUGCACCUGGGAUCUUACUGGGGGACUUGGCCUUCCGGUGCCCGAGUUGUACCGCGGAGCGUCAAGCUGCAUGUCCACGAGUCACUGCAGCGUGUCCAGAGAUAGUGAGGGAGCCGGGCUGCGGCUGCUGUCCUCUGUGCGCCAGGCAGGAAGGGGAGCUUUGUGGUGUCUACACGCCAAGGUGCUCCGGCGCCCUGAGGUGCUACCCCAGCACCGACUCUGAGUUACCUUUGCAGCAGCUCAUCCACGGUUUAGGGCGAUGUGGACCACAGGUGGACUUGGAUGGAACGACAAGUCUGGACCAGCAGGAUGCAAACGAGGUGCAUGGGACUGAGAAUCCUCUUACCAAGAGACCUGCCCUAGAAGCUCGCAAUUGGCAGGAGUCCGCCAUGAAACAACACCUGAACGAGCGCAAAACCAAGAUGAAGAAGAAUCCACUUCUAGAGGAGCCUCGAACCCAGAAAGUGCUUCAGAGUGCGUGUCAACAGGAGCUGGACGCCGUCUUGGAGGAGAUCUCCAAAAUCACCUCUGAGGACAACAGAGGCCCACUGGAGGACCUGUACCUACUGAAAUUCCCAAACUGCGACAAACGUGGUCUGUACAACCUCAAACAGUGCGACAUGUCCACCCACGGCCAGCGCGGAGCGUGCUGGUGCGUCAACCCGUUUACCGGGGUCCAGUUUCCAACCACGCCUAAAGUACGAGGGGAUCCCAACUGUAACCAGUUUGAGGAGGAGAUGAGAGAGUUGCCCACUGCAGCCGCCUUCCACUAGCACAGCCCGGGACGCCCUUCACUGGGUUGGGUUUUCUUUACAAUUCCAACUGUGGGAGGAUUUGUCAAAGAUGUUGCAACGUAUGAAGGCUUUCCCUCGUGUUUUUGUUGUUGUUAUCGCUAGGUUAACAUGUUGUUUCUGUUGUCAGGGCAUCACGACCGAUAGUGUGUCCGUCCCCCAGUGAGACUCGAGCUCAUGUUGCAGACUAAACACUUUACUAAUGAGGCACUGCAUUUUUAUUUUCUUUUAAUUAAUGUACUGAAACAUCAGGGUAUGGUCGUUUUCAGAAAGUAUUUAUUAAGCCAGAGUAGAUUUAGGUUUAUUUGUUUAGAAUUAUUUUUAGCUACCGAUUAGAACCCAUUUGGGAAGUAUUUAUAGAUUGAUGACAGUUUAUGUGGCAUUUAGUCAAACUAGCGUCCUUGUUGUUUGUGUAAUUUGCAUUUAUAGAGGAAAAAGUCCCAUCAUGCUUUGGCUAUGCAGGCAGUACUUGGAGCUGUAGGAUCUUUUCAUUGUUGCUUUCGGCCAUUUCAUUGGAUUUGUUGACAAUAAAAAAAAAAAAGAUUAUCAGCCUUGUCUUUUAAAGCUGCAUUGAUUAAUUGUUUGGGCCACUAGGGGGCAGCGGAACAAGCUGUAAAAUAUGAUAUUUGAUAUUAUUAUUAUUAUUCAGUAAUAUUAGCAUUCUUUAGGAACGGUGUGACAAAAGUUAGUCCAAUAUUGACUGUUUGCUUUUACUUCCUUUGGCUCUCUACCAGCUCCAUAGAAUGAGACCUGUCUCCUCAGGUGCUGAAUCCUUUCCUAUUAGUAGUAGCUUGGCCAUUAUUCCAUGCUAUGCAGCUAGCAUACAUGGGCUUUAGUGGUUGCUGUGGGAGGGUGGGGGGUGUUAAUGGGAGCCUGAACAAAACAAUGAAGAAUGAGAAAAACUAAAUCGCCCUUGUUUUUUUCUUUCAAAAGUCUCUAUUCUGUAACGUUUCUGAAUUUGUUUGUUUUUUUAAGGCUACGGUAAAGGUAAAGAUUUACAGGUGCUCCAUGACAUCCUUCAUAUGUAUGUGCACACUAUUCAGAACACCUUGUGUAACCUUUUCUUGGUGAACAAUUGAAUCAAGCAUGUCAUUAAAAAUGGUGUCUCUGUCAUACUUUUCACUGAUUGCAUCUUUUAAUAUCUACGUGUUGAUGCACCAGCUUUGCUUCCUACAUCUUUUGCUGUAAAUGAACUAAAUUGAACUUUGCUCAGGGUGUCAAACCCGACACCAUAUCCACGUGUUGCCAUGAAGCUGCCCAUCAGUUGGGUUCGCUGCAGAGAGCCAUCCUUGUUAUUUGUCAGCAGUUUUUCCAUCAACUCCUACUCCAAAUAACUGUCACUAAAAAAAGGGCACUUGUGGUAAUAAUGCUUGAAGCUGGCGUGCAGCUUCAGUAUUUUUAUCACUGCUAUGUGUGCAGACAUGCAUGUGUGUGUGUGUGUGUGUGUGCGUGUGUGCACCCAUGUGUUGCUAGGGUUACUAAUGAAGUGUUGACAAGAGGUGGGCUCAGGAUGAGCAGCUGACAUUGACAAAUGUGAUACUAAGCGGGUAAAAGUGUCUAAGAAUAAACCAAGUAUGCAAAUGUACACACACACACACACACAUAUUUCUGUUGCCGAUCACGGUCUAUAGAUGGGUAACUAACCAAGGGAUGUGGGGGCGCUAUUAAUGAUUCUGAAUGCCCAGGACAGAACUAGAUACUGUGACAACGUGUUUAACUUUGUGCAGUAUUGUCUCACUUUUACAGGACGUGCUGGAACAAUUCCGUCAUCCUGGGACUGUAAAGAACCCACUGACACGCAGAUGCAGCGUCAUCAGAAAGUUGUGAUUAUGGAGGAUGGGUUUUUGUGAAACUGAAUCCCAAAUUGCUCCCAGUGUGCAGGUGGCACUAUGCAUGUGGACUGUGUCACCAGUGUGUGAAUGUGAGCAAAUGCAUGAAUGAUAACAUGCAGUGUAAAUUGCUUUGGUCGGUCGAAACACUUGAAAGACACAAUAAACAUUCAGGGCUCUCAAGUGUCACGGAGUGAGUGAU